GCAGAGUUGGGAGUUGCAGAGGGAGGGUUUUCAAUUUCCAUAGAACAAAUGGGGAAGAAGAUGAAGUUUCUUCCUUCUUUUUUCAAGAGUAGAGAAUCACCGGAGCGGCCAUGGCAAUGGCCGAUAUGCGGAAACUCCAGAACUCCUUCCUUCAGAGCCGCUGGCGAUGAGAUUUUCAAGACGGUAAACUCCGUCUUCUUCGACAAUCUUCUUUCCGAUCCGAUCCAAUUCCAAACGCCUGACUCUUGGUUUACGAAUUCCUCGAUCUUCGACUCCGACGACGAGUUCGAGGUUGUGGUGCGAGGCGCGAAAUCAGAGAGGCUGAUCUUCGAGCCUGGCGAGACGGAUUCGAUUUUGCAGAAAUCGACGGACGGAGGAGAUCACCGCGAGGCGAUUCGAUUCGAAGGAAGCGUGGUUCUGGCGAUGGAAUCAGAGGAUCCGUACCUGGAUUUCCGAAGAUCCAUGGAGGAGAUGGUGGAGAGUCAUGGAAUUAGAGAUUGGGAGUGUUUGGAAGCGCUGCUGAAUUGGUACUUGAGAGUGAAUCGGACCAAGAAUCAUGGAUACAUUUUAGGUGCUUUUGUCGAUUUGCUGGUUGAUCUCGGCGGCGACGGCGGCGGCGAUGGCGCUUCUACGGAUUCCACUUCCAUUUUUUCCGAUGAAUUGGUCAUUGAGACUUCUCCAUCAUCGAUUGCGUAAAUUAAACCUUGGUUAUUGAAGCAGCGGCGGAAUCGCGUCUGAAAGAUGCGAUUAUUUUGUGAAUAUAUAAUAAUAUAUAUUUUUUGUUCCA